UCCCUUACAGGAUGUCUGUCACCCCACUGAGCCCCUCCUACAGUUUAGGGGUCACACCCACUUGAAUGUUCUUCAUAUGACGAACCUCCACCAGCCGAGUCUCCAACAGAGCAAAUGAGGAAAAUAUGAUAUAUUAUGAUUUAUGUUAGUAACAAUACAAUAUGGGAAUUUUAUCCCAAAGCUACCUACAGCUAACAUAUAUAUUUAUGUAUGUGAUCUAUGUAAAUAAAGGAGUAUAACACAGCUGUAAAACUGUGAAGGACUAUAUGGUGGAGGCCUACCCAUUUCCCAGGAGCAUUGUAAAAAGUGGAUUUGGGUACAGUGUUUAUUUCCCCCUAAUAUCUUUGAAGAUUACACCUAAAAUAAUUAGGCCUACUUCUUUCUACUGCUGAUCUGAGACCAUUAGGGUUAAACACUACAGAUAUAAAUGCAAUAUAUGGAGUAGAAAAGAUUGCCUGCCCACCAAAGAAUCAACAUACGUUCUACAUGGUCUAUUUCUAUCUGAAUGUAACACCUCAAUCAAGCUUGUUAAUUGAUCGUUAAGUCCUGUUUGUCAGGUAAAAGGUCAUUAGUGGCCUAUAUAAGCCUCAUACAGGCCACGGGAAGACAUUACCUGUUGAUAACACAGACUAUUCUCAUGAUCAUGGGAGGUGUGAGAGAAUUACUGCUCUUUGCGAUGACUGUGGGGGUUGUCAAAGUUUCUUGUUACCCUGUUGGAAAGUCCCAGAAGCAAGAGCAAGUCUCUCUGCAGAGCAGACUUGGAGAGCUGUCAUCAAAUGACGUCUCCAUUGUGCAUGCCCUGGCCUUGCUCCGAUCCAUAGGGUCUGACGCUAAACAAGACAGAGAAGAGAAUUUAGAGACUAAUGAAGUAGAAUCCCAAGCUUCUCCAAACCAUGGUAGCUCUACGGCAAAUGAUGCCCUGUCCUCUGACGACGCUACCUCUGAAGCUGCCCCUGGCCCGUCUGGCGACGCUACCUCUGAAGCUGCCCCUGGCCCGUCUGACGACGCUACCUCUGAAGCUGCCACUGGACCGUCUGACGACGCUACCUCUGAAGCUGCCACUGGACCGUCUGACGACGCUACCUCUGAAGCUGCCACUGUCCCGUCUGACGACGCUACCUCUGAAGCUGCCACUGUCCCGUCUGACGACGCUACCUCUGAAGCUGCCACUGUCCCGUCUGACGACGCUACCUCUGGAGCUCCCACUGGCUCGUCUGACGACGCUACCUCUGGAGCUCCCACUGGCUCGUCUGACGACGCUACCUCUGGAGCUCCCACUGGCUCGUCUGACGACGCUACCGCUACCUCCGAAGCUGCCACUGGCCCGUCUGACGACGCUACCUCUGAAGCUGCCACUGGCCCGUCUGACGACGCUGCCACCACAGGCCCGUCUGACGACGCCACCGCAGCCACUGGUUUGUCUGACGACGCUACCUCUGAAGCUGCCACUGGCCCGUCUGACGACGCCACCUCUGAAGCUGCCACUGGCCCGUCUGACGACGCCACCUCUGAAGCUGCCACUGGUCCGUCUGACGACGCCACCUCUGAAGCUGCCACUGGUCCGUCUGACGACGCUACAGCUGAAGCUGCCACUGGCCCGUCUGACGACGCUACCGCUGAAGCUGCCACUGGCCCGUCUGACGACGCUACCGCUGCCACUGGCCCGUGUGACGACGCUGCCACUGGCCCGUCUGACGACGCUGCCACUACCUCUGAAGCUGCCACUGGCCCGUCUGACGACGCUGCCACUACCUCUGAAGCUGCCACUGGCCCGUCUGACGACGCUGCCACUACCUCUGAAGCUGCCACUGGCCCGUCUGACGACGCUGCCACUACCUCUGAAGCUGCCACUGUCCCGUCUGACGACGCUGCCACUACCUCUGAAGCUGCCACUGUCCCGUCUGACGACGCUGCCACUACCUCUGAAGCUGCCACUGGCCCGUCUGACGACGCUGCCACUACCUCUGAAGCUGCCACUGGCCCGUCCGACGACGCUGCCACUACCUCUGAAGCUGCCACUGGCCCGUCCGACGACGCUGCCACUACCUCUGAAGCUACCACUGGCCCAUCUGACGACGCCACCUCUGAAGCUGCCGCUGGCCCGUCUGACGACGCCACCUCUGAAGCUGCCGCUGGCCCGUCUGACGACGCCACCUCUGAAGCUGCCGCUGGCCCGUCUGACGACGCCACCUCUGAAGCUGCCGCUGGCCCGUCUGACGACGCCACCUCUGAAGCUGCCGCUGGCCCGUCUGACGACGCCACCUCUGAAGCUGCCGCUGGCCCGUCUGACGACGCCACCUCUGAAGCUGGCCCGUCUGACGACGCCACCUCUGAAGCUGGCCCGUCUGACGACGCCACCUCUGAAGCUGGCCCGUCUGACGACGCCACCUCUGAAGCUGGCCCGUCUGACGACGCCACCUCUGAAGCUGGCCCGUCUGACGACGCCACCUCUGAAGCUGGCCCGUCUGACGACGCCACCUCUGAAGCUGGCCCGUCUGACGACGCCGCCACUGGCCCGUCUGACGACGCUACCUCUUAAGCUGCCGCUGGCCAGUCUGACCAUGCCAUUGAGGAACUGUUCACUUCUGCAUCUGAGCCCCCGUUGACCACAAACAUGGAUAUUUGAUGUGGGACAUGGUGCGCGGGGUCCAUGCAAGAGUUCAUGGGUAUUCUAGUCCAGGUUGUGUGUGUAACUGCAUUUUCUUGUUUUGGCUCAAUUAAACAUUAACUGUAA